AUGUAUGAUAUGUUAUCAAUGUGUUCAUAUUUCUUUAUUGAAUAUUGGAUAAUACUAUUUAUAAAUUUUGUAUUGACUUAUCAACAAACUACUCACCAUAAAAAUGAUCAACCUAUUCCUGUUAAUCACAAUAAUGUUUUGAUUCCACAUGAACAACAAGUUUACAGAUAUAUCAUGAACAAUUAUGAGCCAUCUGUAAGACCGUUGAAAAACAUAUCCGAAAAGUUAACAGUGAAGAUACGUAUACGCUUACAACAAAUCAGUGGUUUGGAUGAGCGCAAUCAAGUGUUGACAACUAUACUAUUCCUUGAGCAGAUAUGGGAAGAUGAGUAUUUAAAAUGGAAUGAACCGGAAUUCGGAAAUGUAAGAACUUUGCGUGUACCAGCUGAGCAAGUAUGGACUCCAGAUACUUAUGUAUUUAAUAAUGCUGAUCAUACAAAUUCUGGUUUUCUAGAAGGUGUCUAUGUUUUAAUUCAUAGUUCUGGUAAAGUAUCAUGGCCAAUUCCAGUUCAAUUAAAAACAUCAUGUAAAGUCGAUAUUACAUUAUUUCCAUUUGAUCAUCAAAAUUGUGAAAUACAAUUUGGAUCAUGGAUGUAUACAUCUGAUUGGAUUAAAUAUAAAUUUCAAACAGAUCAACAUAAUAAAUCAACAACAAUGAAAAAUUGGAAAUACUCUACAAAAUUAUCAUCUCCUUUAAUAUCAUUAUUUUCAAAUAACUCAAAUCGACAUUUAAGUACAGAAAGAAGAGAUCAUGACGAAACAGGACAAGAUGACAUUGACAAUGAUAAUAGUAAUAUUGAGGAAGAUUAUCUGACUAGAAAUGCAUUGGAUACAUCAUCUUAUUGGGAUAGUACAGAUUGGAUGCUGAAACAUGCUAUAUUAUCCUAUACUCAUCGAUCUACUGAUACAUUGACUGUCUGGAAACCAACCACAAGUAUAAUAAAUAUUCAGUUUCAUGAUAAUAAAUUGGACACUAUACAAACAGACUUAGUAUUAAAACUAUUCUUACAAAGAAGAAGUUUUUUCUACAUUUGGAAUAUUGUCGUACCAUGUAUACUAUUAACAUUGCUUACAUUAAUCACAUUUUGGACACCAAUUGAUUCAGGUGAAAAAGUUACUUUAGGUUUAUCAGUAUUUUUAGCAUUUUCUAUGUUUAUGAUGUUGAUAGCUGAACGUGUACCGCCAACAGCCAAAAAUAUUCCACUUAUAGGAGUGUAUAUGACUUCAGUAAUGUCAAUAACAACUGGAACAGUUGUUGUGUGUGUAAUUGUCAUUAAUUUGGACGCCAAAGGUGAGAAGCUAUCACGUGCACCAAAAUGGUUGCGUCGUAUCACACAGUUUAGUUUAUUUCAAUUAUUCUACAAGGAAAAUUGUGAUGUGAAUGAAUCAGCAGCUGUUUCAUCGUUAAUAGAAAACUUUUCAACUAUAAAUUCAAUUCAAGAAAAAAAUUUAUUAAAAAUUAAUUCACAAAUUAAACUACUUACAAAAUUAAAUGAAUUACUUUUUAUAAAUCAAAAUUUAAAUAAACAAAUUAAAUUUAUCUAUCAUAAUUAUUUUAAAGAUGAAUUUUCAUUGAAUGGAACUUCAUCUAGUCCUAUCUAUUAUCAUAAUAUUAUUGUCAAUGAAUCUAAUCAUCAUGGAAAUUUAAUAGAUUUAUCAAUACCAUUAAAAGUAAAAUCAUUAUCAACUAGUCAAAGUAUAACAUUGAAUAGAACUAAUAUAAAUUCUCAAAUUCAUAAAGUAUAUAAAGUUUAUUCUUCUAUGGAACAAGAUUGUUUAUUGAAAAAUGAUCUAUCAUUAUCAUCAUCGUCGUCGUCAUCAUCAUCAUCAAUACUAAAUCUUACUACUUGUAAUAUUCAUAGUAAUAAUAAUCAUUCCCAAAGUGUAUAUCAAUUGAAUUUGAAAAGUCAAGAAAAUGUUAGAAAUGAAUUAAUUAAAUAUGAAUGGAAGGUGAUAGCUAAAAUAAUAGAUAGAUUAUUAUUUAUUACAUUUGUUAUUAUUACAUUAAUUUGUUAUAUAACCAUAUUUUUAUGGCCUUUAAUAUCUGGUUCUACUGUUUUAUAUCGAAAAGAUUAUUGAGUCAAGAUUAACUAUUACUUACUUACUUACUUACUUAUGCAUGUUACUUCUUGUAAAGGAACAUAGACCACUCAUCAGCAUUCUUUAUCCAACCCUGUCUUGGGCCAUCGUUUCAAGUUGUUAUUCAUCCUUUUCAUAUCUGUUUCUAUUUCUCAACGUAAUGUGUUUUUAAGCCUGCCUCUUUUCCAUUUCCCUUCAGGAUUCUAAAUGAGCAUUUGCCUUGUUAUACAGUUUGGUGAUUGCCAUAAUGUAUGUGCUAUCCAUUUCCAACUUCUUUUCCUAAUUUCCACUUCAGCUGGAAGAUGGUUUGUUCUCUGUCACAAAAUGGUGUUGCUGAUGUUAUCCGGCCAAUGGAUGUUGAGUAUCUUGCGUAGAUAAUUGUUCAUAAAUUCUUGUACUUUUUUGAUGAUAGUUGUAGUAGUUUUCCGAGUUUCAGUUCCAUACAGUAGGACUGUCUCGACGUUCGUAUUGAAGAUUCUGACUUUGAUAUUGGUUGAAAGUUGUUUUGAGUUCCAUAUGUUCUUUAAUUGUAGAAAUGCAGCCCUUGCUUUGCCAAUCCUCGCCAUUACGUCUGCAUCCGAUCCUCCUUGUUCAUCGGUAGUACUUCCCAGAUACGUGAAAGAUUCCACAUCUUCCGGAGUUUCACCAUCAAGUGUGAUUGGGUCAGUGUUUUCCGUAUUGUAUUUGAGGAUGUUGCUUUCUCCUUUGUGUAUGUUGAGGUUUACUGAUGCAGAGGCUGCUGCUACACUAGUUGUCUUCAUCUGUAUUUGUUCGUGUGUAUGCAAUAGAAGAGCUAGGUCAUCUGCGAAGUCCAAAUCGUCUAAUUGAUUUUGAGCUCUCCAUUGUAUUCCGUGUUUUCCUUCAGAUGUCGAAGUCCUCAUAAUCCAGUCAACCACCAGAAGAAAGAGGAAAGGGGAGAGUAGACAGCCUUGUCUGACUUAUGUCCUUACUUGGAAUGCAUCUGUCAACUGUCCUCCAUGAACGACUUUGCACUGUAUUCCGUCGUAUUAACCAUUAACCAUUUAACUUUUGUGAUUAUAUUAUUAUCUCCUUCAUAUGUAAUUAACUAUUUCAAGUGAUAUUACAGUUUUCGAGAUGGUGGAGAAGAUUUGUAGCUCAAGUGGAUGAUUUUGAUGGAGCUCUAAGAACAAAACUCCAUCAAAAUUACAGUUUUCUUCCCCAUAAUCAUAUGGAAUUAAAUGUUCAGACCAAUGUUUCUUCUUCUUCUUCGAAAUCCUAACCGUAACAUCGAUUUCUAUUAAAGAUUGAAUUCUAUUCUUAUUCAGUCUAUCUAGUUACAUAAUUUUUAACUCUCUGUAAUAUCUCGAUUCCUCAGAGAUUUAUUAUAUUUUUAAGGGAGUCAAACAUACUGUUUUCAUAUUGUCUGCUUGAAACACUAGUCUUUAAUUUUUUUACGUCUCUUUUUAAGUCAUUCUUGAUCGUACUUAUUUUGCGGCUCACAUGCCUUCGCCACCGCACGUCACUUCUCCUUGCUUCUCCGAUAUUUUGUCUGAAUCAACGAUGGUAUGAAAUAUAUGUAUUCAAAAACUCA